UCAAUUCCAGGAUUCGGGUUCGAAAAGGAUCCAGAGACAUACAGCGGCGAGGCGCGUUAUAACUGUGGGGGUGCUUUUCUAGGGCUUUCAUGCCACUUCCAUUCUUUUUCAUACUACCAGUAAUAGUAACUCAUCUCUGCUCGCGUCCCUUCAGUUUCUCAGUGUCUACCUUUUAGACAACUCCUUUAGGACAAAUUAACUUUACUCAAAGCUCGAUCGGAGAUAAAAUGGUAGGAUUUUCGAUGCUCCCGUAUGGGAUACAGUCAAUGCUGAAAGAGGGGCACCGGCAUCUGUCGGGGCUGGACGAGGCGGUGCUGAAGAACAUCGACGCCUGCAAGCAGCUCUCAACCAUUACGCGCACGUCCCUCGGCCCCAAUGGUAUGAAUAAGAUGGUUAUCAAUCAUUUGGAUAAGCUCUUUGUCACAAAUGAUGCUGCAACAAUUGUAAAUGAGCUGGAGGUUCAGCAUCCUGCAGCCAAAAUCUUGGUUCUGGCUGGGAAAGCACAGCAAGAGGAAAUUGGGGAUGGAGCCAAUUUGACUGUUUCAUUUGCUGGGGAACUUCUUCAAAAUGCCGAGGAACUCAUUCGAAUGGGAUUGCACCCUAGUGAGAUCAUAAUUGGAUACACAAAGUCAAUUAAUAAGACUGUUGAGAUAUUGGAGGAAUUGGUUGAAAAAGGUUCUGAGAAUAUGAAUGUGAGAAAUAAAGAUGAAGUAAUUUCACGAAUGAGGUCUUCAGUAGCCAGCAAACAAUAUGGCCAAGAGGAUAAGUUAUGCCCUCUCAUUGCUGAGGCUUGUAUACAAGUUUGCCCGAAGAACCCUGCAAACUUCAAUGUGGAUAAUGUGCGAGUUGCAAAGCUUUUGGGUGGAGGUUUGCUUGAUUCCACAGUAGUUCGGGGUAUGGUGUUGAAGACUGAUGCUGUUGGAACUAUCAAGAGAGUGGAAAAGGCCAAGGUUGCUGUGUUUGCUGGGGGUGUUGAUACAACUGCAACAGAGACGAAAGGAACCGUUCUUAUUCAUAGUGCUGAGCAGCUUGAGAAUUAUGCAAAGACUGAAGAAGCUAAGGUUGAGGAGCUAAUCAAAGCAGUUGCAGAUUCAGGUGCAAAGGUCAUUGUUAGUGGAGCAGCUGUCGGGGAAAUGGCAUUGCACUUUUGUGAACGUUACAAGCUCAUGGUGUUAAAGAUCAGCUCCAAAUUUGAACUACGACGAUUUUGCCGCACCACUGGUGCAGUUGGUCUUUUAAAACUCAGUCAGCCGGAUCAAGAUGACCUUGGAUACGUUGAUUCUGUUUCAGUGGAGGAAAUAGGCGGGGCUAGAGUUACAAUUGUAAAAAAUGAGCAAGGUGGAAAUUCUGUUUCCACUGUUGUGCUGCGAGGAAGCACUGAUAGCAUAUUGGAUGACCUUGAAAGAGCAGUUGAUGAUGGUGUAAAUGCAUACAAGGCAAUGUGCAGGGAUAGUCGGACAGUCCCUGGAGCAGCAGCUACUGAAAUUGAAUUAGCUAGAAGGCUGAAGGAAUUUUCUUUCAAAGAAACUGGAUUGGAUCAGUAUGCAAUUGCGAAGUUCGCUGAAAGUUUUGAAAUGAUACCUAAGACAUUGGCUGAGAAUGCGGGGCUUACUGCGAUAGAAAUUAUAUCAUCUUUAUAUGCUGAACAUGCAUCUGGUAACACCAAAGUGGGCAUUGAUUUGGAGGAAGGCGUCUGCAAGGAUAUCUCUACCAUGAAUAUAUGGGAUCUCCACAUCACCAAAUUCUUUGCCCUAAAGUAUGCUGCAGAUGCUGCAUGUACUGUCCUGCGAGUAGAUCAGAUCAUAAUGGCAAAACCAGCUGGUGGUCCAAAGCCCCCACCUGCUGGGAUGGAUGAGGAUUAAGUGUCUGGUUGCAAGAUUUUUUCUCCAGAUCUUCUAUUACCCUGCUCUUAUGAGCAUGAUCAUUCUAGACUUUGUUACUUUGUAUAUGUGUUGCCCUUCGGCCCUUCCCUUUGAUGCCAGUUUGAUUGGCUGAAGAAAUUUUUGGAGAAACUGGAAUUGUUAGUGUUUAUUAUAUAUGCUGAUAUUUGUCCUGUUUUAUUACUUACAAUUGACUGUCUGAAAUAUGUUUUUCAGUUCUUUAAA